AUGCCUGCGACCACAGCAUAUCUUGAUUCGUACAAUGCAGGUGUUGAUCGCAUUCAUACUAGUGUUAUGUCUACGGUAUUUUCGCCCGAUAAUACACGCUUAAUGGCUGCAGAUGACCAGGGUCGUUUAGGAUUAUUCUAUUCAUCGCCACAAAUAUCAUCCAAACCAAUUUUGCUCACGAGCGUAUCGAAUACGCCUCAGACACAACUCAACUCAACAUCGCUCAACAAUACGAAUAAUAGUAUCUCACUUGCAUCAUCGGCCACUGGAAUACUAAUUGUUGUCAAUGGUAGCAGUCAAAAUGGACUUAUACAAGGUUACCGUUGGUCGGACAUCAUAUCAAACAAGAAAACUUCAUCGAUGCCAUCCGAUGUGUUUUCAUUUGAUUUAGCUCGUGGACCCAACGAAACAUUUGCUUGUGUACAAGCUCCAUCGAAAAGUCAACAGCAACAGAAAGGUGACGAAAUUCUUGUUGGCUCAAGCACUGGAGUAUUACGAGUAUUAAAUAUUGAACGGCAAACUUUAGUCACAACUAUUGAUGCUGCCCAUCGAGGAACAGUACAUCAAGUAGCAUUUGCCAAUGAUGGAAAACGCAUUGCUUCUUGUUCAGAAGAUGGCACAUGCAAGAUCUGGGAUCUGUCAACGUCAUCUCAUCAACCGAUUCAUACAAUUGAAACAAAUAAAUGGAUUAGCUGUUGUGCAUUUGACAUGGCCACUGAUCGGCUCGUCAUCGGCGGCGAUUGUCCGUUGACACUGUGGCAUCUAUCAAUGCUAAGUUCUUCGAAUAAACAGAAACCCUUACUUGUAUACAAUUCCAUUCCCACUCCAAUCUAUUCCUUAGCGUUAUGCUCUGCUGAUGACGAUACGAUUCUUGUUGGUGGCGAUAUGAACAAAUUAUACUCGGUUCCAAAGAACGGUGAUGAACAAUCACUAACAAUCAGUCGUGUGACAACUCCAUCGCCUAUUUAUACAAUUGCAACGACUUUAAAUAAUACUACAGCAAAAACAAAUGAAGAAAUUAAGAUUGUCGUUGCUGGUAGCCAUUGGCAUAUGGACUCAUUCACGAUGACAGAUGCAAAUAUACGUAAAAUCGGACAUUAUGAGUUUUCCAAAUGA